AUGGACUUUUGUUAUAACAAACUGAUGGGUAAUGGUACAGUUGCUAGUAAGUUUAGAUUAACUUCAAAAAUUCAACUGAAUCAAUCAAAUUUAAGAACACCGCUCAUAAUUCCCAAGGCCGAUGGUAUAAAUAAUCAAUUCUCACCAUUAAAUCAAAUCACACCACAACAAAAUAAUAAUAAUAAACAAACUAUUGAACUAAAAAACCAAACAACACCUAUAAUCAAUGAGGAAGUAAAUAAACCAAUAACUACUCCUAAACCUAAUUUACAACAAACUCCAUCUCCUCCAAUUGAGAAUAACAUUAGUCACCACCCAAGCAAUUGCAACAGAUGUUAUAGAUUAAAGAAAAAAUGUACUAGAGCUUAUCCAAAAUGUUCACAUUGUGAAAGGACAGGAUCCGAUUGUGAAUAUGUUGAUCGAAGUAAGAAAAGAAGGAAAGUUGUCCCAGCAAAUGUUGAGGAAACAAAAAUCGAUGGACAGAUUGUUCAUAUAGCAGAUACUAGUAAAUCAAAGGAAUUAGUGGAGCAAAAACUUAUUUCAAUAUCGUCUUUAUUGGCAGAUUCGAAUGACGAACAAGUGAAAAAAAGAGAAAUGUCUAAGAAUAAUAAAAUACCGACAGCUGCAUUGGCAUCUUCUGCCAGGAGAGCUCAGGAUAAAGAAAGACAAAAUAUAGUUGACAAAAUUAACUUCAAAACAACUCAGAAACCUACUUUUUCAAAUUUACAGGAAGAAUUUAUCACGAUGAAAGAAAUUAAGGAAAACGAAUUACCUUUAAUAUUUGCAAUGUAUUAUUUUGAAAAUUUUUCAUUCAAGUAUCCAUUUAUAAAUAAAGUUGAAUUUUUUGAAAAAUUAAAGAAAAUUAAUUUUGCAAAAGAUUCGAUCGUGAAUCUAGAUAUCUAUCUUCUAUUGAGUAUAGGAUGCAUCUUAUAUGAUUCAAAAUGUCAAACGGAUCAUUAUACAACUUAUUUUAAGACAAAAAGUAUACUUGGAAUCAUUGAUGUACUUGAUUUAUCGUUUUCAACCUAUAUGGAGAAUAAUAUGGAAUUGUUGAUACUAUUGUCCAUUUAUGGAAUCGCAUCUUUGAAUAGUGAUUUGGUAUGGAACUUGUUGGGGUUACUCGAUAGAGCCGUGGUAAAAUUUGAACUAUACAAAAAACUUGAUACUAUACAAACAAGUAGAAUUUUCUGGUCAAUUCAUAACUUGGAUAAAGAGUUUAGUAUUAUAUCACAAAGACCGUCACAAUUUCCUUCAUACAACUAUUUCAAAGAAAAUCUGAUUACGGUAAGCCUUUAUGAAGAAGAAAAUAUAUCCAUCGUUAAUCGAAACAUCAAACUUGGAAUGUAUCAGGAUGCUUUAAAUGACUCGUUGCUCAGCAAUUCAAGAGAUAAUUUAUUUGAAAUAUCUAAAAACUUAGGUAUUUGGACAGCUGGAAUUACUAAAGAAUUCAGUUUAAAAUAUAGUACUCAAUCCGAAGUACAAUGUCUUGUUGCUUGGGCAAAUAUCCAAAGUUAUUAUCUUCAAACGGUUAUGGAUCAAAUAUCGACCACAAAAAAUUUUCAAUUCCCCUCUAAUUUUAUUUUCCAUUCAUUUACUGCAUUAAUAACGGCUUCUGAUAAGUCAUCGGAAAAAUCAAAAGCAAACACUCAAUCAUCCAUAGUUUCUUCAAUGUUUUGGUAUUCGCAAUACUUCAAUAUUGUGAGAUAUAGUAUUGAUAGUUUGAUCCAUUUCAUAAUAGAGAAAGAUAAUGAUUUGGAAUUACGUGUUAAAGAAUUCAAUGAUUUUUUGCAACAAUCAUUAAAUAUGUCCAAAUUCAUAAGAGCUGCUAAGACACUGAAUACUAUUGAAGGUUAUAUUAAUUUAAGCGACGAUAAUAAUAAAUUGAUUGAAGAGUUGGAGCGUGUGAGCUUGAAAUUAUUAGGAUACGAUGUAAAUGAUGAUUCAGAGUCGAUUGUCAAACUACUUGAAGACGUUAAAAAUAAUGUAAAGAAAAUUUUAUAA